AUGCCGCUACUCAUAGACCUCGAGGCCACCAAAAAUCUCCUCCUGGAGAUUAACGGUUACUUGACGGCCCUUCUCAGUGAGACCGAGGACCGGGACGAGCUCGGACUCAGCCAAUAUCUCCAGCUUGUGAACCUCCUCUACUUCAGCACUCUUAAGCUGCUGCUGGAUUUCUCGGAAAUUGACUCCGAUGACGCAAAGCAGGCCCGGGAGAGGCUCAUGAAGGCUGCAACCGAGGCCUUGGGAGUAUCUCAAGCCACCCGCCGCGCAUUCACCAUCCACGAAAAUAUCCCCGGAAGCGUUCGCCAAGACCUGCUUCGAGGAAGCAGAUUGAUCCAGAGCUACUACAACAAUCCGCAGGUGGAGAGACUGUUGCGGGCUAUCGACUCCGAGAUGGCUCAGAAGUCAAGCAUUAACUCAGAGGACGAGAAUUCCAUGGCCGAGGAGGGAACGCAGGACGCCACAGCUGGAGAUGAUGAACAGGACACGUCGUGA